GACGGCUUGCGCAUCCGACUGGGGGCGCAGGUGAGACUUGUGGGGUUCGGCCCGGUUUAGGGUCUUCCUGCUGCGCGCGCCGCUCCCGGUGCCCCCAGGCCUCUGAGCCAGAGACCUCCCGGGCGGCCGAGCUCCCUUCCGCCACGCCUCCUGCGCUGUUUAUUUCCCCCAGGCCCGAGGCGCCACCCACCCAAGUACCGAGCGCCGCCGAGCCUUCUUGCCGGAUCGCCAUCUGUAAGUGCUGUCUCCAAGGCGCUCAGGGCCUCUGUGCCCUCACCGCCCAAGCUGGGCAGCUGUUGAGCCAGGGACCCAAGAGCCCGGCGCAAGGCACCUCGGUGGCAUCUGGGGACUCCGCGUUCUACGUCAAUCAGCAGCCAACAGGUUCCUCUGGCCUGGCCUUGAACAAGUCGGGCAGCUACCUCCCACCCAGAAGCCCAGCUCAGGGGGCCGUUGUUUGUGUGGGUCUGGAGUCAGCCCUCUCAGCUAGUUAGUUGCAGGGGUGUCUGGGUGGCAUGGUGGCUGCUGCUACUCCAGCCAUCAUAUCAAGGCCCGAAGGUGGCUCCACACCCCCUGCUGCACCCAGCACUUUCCCCACGGCUGGUGACAUGGGAAAGAGGGACCAGGGGCAUGAAGCUUUUCUCAGCUGUCAUGGCUGCCUGAAACAAGGUUGAGAUUCUGCCCUCCAGAAGCCAGGCUGACCCUCCCUAGCAGCCUGCCUCAGCUUCCCUUCCCCUGGCCGGCAGCAUGGAGCCCCAGGAGGGCCGCGUUCACUAUAGCAGGUGGGAAGACAGCAGCCAGGACGAAGUCAGUAUGGCCACCGUGUCAAGCACAGAGACCUCAUGCUGCAAAAAGGUCUCCAGGAAGCUGUGCACGGGCAAGCUGGGCAUCGCCAUGAAGGUGCUGGGUGGUGUGGCCCUCUUCUGGGUCAUCUUCAUCCUGGGCUAUGUCACUGGCUACUAUGUGCACAAGUGCAAAUAAAGGCUGUCCCGUUGAGAGACAUGGGGCUGAGAGAGACCCUGGGAUGUGCAGCCCCUCCCCUGACCCCAAGGCAGCCCCAGCACAAGGGGGCAGUGGUGGUGCCGGGCACAGGAAGAUGCCAGUGUGCAGCUGCUACAGUACCACCAAGAGUGUGCGGGCACAAAGGGACAGAGGCUCGUGCCAGGAUCCAGUACACAGGGACCUCACGGGACAAGACACACCCUGCAUGGUGUCCACACCGCUGGAGGCCCAGGCCCAUCUGGGCAGCAGCUGCAGGACAUCCCAGCUUGGCCCUGCGACCACAGCUCUUCUGCCUGGGUCCCAAGCCCUGGCCACACCAGGCACUGUCCUCCCAGCCAAGUGCCCAGACCACAGGCAGCCCCCUUCCCUCCAGGCUUUCCUGACUCAGAGCCUCGGAGGACACCCCUUACAUGGGUAGCCCUUGCCCAGCCUUUGCAAGGGGACCAAGACCCUGCCACACCACAUGCCUUCCUAGGCCCCCAACUGCCCCAUGAGGACCAAAUGCCAGUGCACAAUAAAGGUGCGGGAAGACUGGAUGGUGACCUCCACCUGCUGCCCUGGCUGUAUGGCCAGGUGUGACCGGUGCCACCUGUGAAGGCCUCCUAUCUGAGCACAGAAUGCCCAGCCUGGCUCCGGGCUGUGGAAUGUGCCCCUCCUGCUUGGGCCCUCUUGCAAGGAUGCAGAGGCCUGGGACACCGUGAGCUGCUUCCUCCUCACCUGACCCCAUGGACGGGCUCAGCAGACCUGAGGCCACUGCAGCUGCCUUAGGGACUUUGGACCUGGCUUCCAACCUGGCCUUCAUCUACUGCAAAGCCAUCUCAGCCCUGCUGGCCCUUGGCAGCAACACCCGGUCAGGAGCUGUUCUCCCUGAGGACACUGCUGACCCUGGGUGUAGGGAAGUAAACAGGAAGGGCCUGGCCAGGAUGUUUCCCCCUCCCCAGGGCCUGCUUAGGGUCCUGGAGCAGUGCAGGAGAGGCCAUCCAUCUGACCCUGCUGCAGGGCCUGCUGUGGGCUGGGCAGCAUUCUAGCUGCCCGAGUUGCUGCAGGGCCCUUGUAGAGAGGUGCGGAUACCCCCAACACACCAUCGGGAGCUGCAGGCUGGGCACCACUGGGGGGUCCAGUCUCGGCUUUCUGUUCCAGAGGCCCCAGGCAUCCCUCAGGGCGGGCCGUGUGCAGGCACAGACCAGAUGAGGCUGGGGCAGGGGGAGCAAGACAAGAGGGGAAGUGACCCAGGAGCUUCUGGCUGGCCCAGUACUCUGGGCUGAUGCUGGGGUCUCAUCUGGCCAGCCAUGCCCCAGGCCCACCCAGAAGCCUGAGAGGCACCCAGCAGGCUGGGGACCCACUGCCUGCAAACCAAAGCCCAGCCCCCCAAGGGCAACCCUGGGCUAGGUGGCUAUGGGACUGGGCAGGUUGGGGACAGUGUGGAUGGAGUCCUGCAGCAGCCACUGGGAUCCCCUCAGCCUGCCCAGCCAGCUUGAGGUACAGGGCUGAGCAAGUCCCUGGUGGGGGCUGGAUCUGGGUGGGGAGAGUGGAGGCAGCCCCAGGUCCUGUUUCCCCAUGCAUGGACAGCACCACAGCCACUGGGAAAGGAUCGCAGGCAGGGGCUGUUUCUUAUCAAAUGUUUCUUUAUUAGAGAGGAUGGGCAAAGGAAAAGAAAGAAUACGAGGCUUCUUUAAGUUAAAAUGUCCCCAAAUCUCACACAUACUAAGAGCACAGCAGGAGCCAGCACAGGACAGUGCUGUGCAGCAUCCCCGAGCCCAGACCUGGAGAGCAGGGAGGAGUCCUCUGCAGUGAGCCAUAGUGACAGGCAGGGCUACAGCAGAUGUCCGACCAGCUGAUGAGAACCCCCGAGAAGGGUAAGUCGCCUGCACCUGCUGGGCCACCAGGAGGGCUGGGCCUCAUCUCCUGGCCCCCAGUGGGAGUGGCAGGGCGCCUGGUGGGGCCCAGACCCAGGCUGGGGUGGCAGGAAGCUCUGGAAAGCCCAGCCAGCCAAAGGAGUGCCAGCCUCUCGGGCUGUGACAAAGCCUGUGGGUCAGCGGGGCUUUGCAGAUGCUCCAGAGUUGUCCACCUUGUAUGGAAACACAACUGUCCUUUUAGGCUGAAGACCCCCUGAACAGAAGACCGUGUCGCUGAAUUAAAAAGCCGGCUACUCUGUUUCCUCCCAGAGCCAGAUGUAA